GUCAGUAGUUAUUCUCAACUCCUCUCUUCUUUCUCUCAAGAAAAUACAUGGAGAGAGUAUUUUAUUGAAGGGAAGAAGAUAAAAGUGUGACAUAAAAGUGUGAUUCCUUUUUUCCUUUUCUUUUCCAAGUGAGUUGGAGAGUUGUGGAUGGCCAACCUAUAGUGUUAGUACAAUAUUAUAGGGUUCGUAUUGAAUGGCUUACUUUUAUCUCUGAGUUCCUGACUUUCAUAAGCAGAUAGAUCAAAGCAAGCAAAAUAUUACUAGCAAUGUUGGACUAUGACUGGGGAGAUCAAUCUUCCGUUAUGCUUUCCGGCGAAGAACCACCAAAUCAAGAAAAUGACCAAAAUAGACAGUUCUUUGACCCUUAUGCCAACACUCAAGCUUUCACUCAUGAAAACUUUCAACAUUUUCCCACCCUUCAACAACAACAACAAAAUCACCAAUUUUUUCAUACCCAAAACAACCCUCAUUUGAACACUACUACACUUUAUGACCCACGUGGCGCUUAUGAAACCUGUUACACUCACCCCGCACACCCAGUACUGCAACCGAAUACCGGUUACAUGGUUGUGCCAAAAAGUGAACCCCAGUACAUGGGUACUGGGGUUCACGAUUUUGCGAGUGGUAGUAGAAUUGGGCUGAAUUUAGGUGGAAGGACUUAUUUUUCUUCAUCAGAAGAUGAUUUUGUGAAUCGACUUUAUCGACAUACUAGGGCAGUUGAAGCUGGUUCAGUUAACACUCCCAGGUGUCAAGCUGAAGGUUGUAAUGCCGAUCUUAAACAUGCUAAACAUUACCAUAGAAGACACAAAGUUUGUGAGUUUCACUCCAAAGCUUCCACUGUUAUUGCUGCUGGUUUGACUCAAAGGUUCUGCCAACAGUGCAGCAGGUUCCAUGUGCUGUCUGAAUUUGAUAACGGGAAGAGAAGUUGUAGGAAACGUUUGGCAGAUCAUAAUAGAAGGAGGAGGAAAAACCAACAAGCAAACAUAGAAAAUACCAGCAAGUCUCAAAUUGACAGUACCAGAAAUUCCUCGUUUGACAGUCUUGCUAGGUCUCCACCUGAUUCAGGAGCUCAUUCUUCAUCAGUGACAACAGCAAUUUCUCCACCAAGAAUCUCACUGGAUUGUUUUAGACAAAGACCAUAACAAAUUGCCACAAGCCUAUGAUUUUUCUUGAUCUAAUGGGUGACUCUAUCUGGUUCCUUUAAAUUCUGAUUUUCAAGCUUUAAUGGCUAGUGGCUACUACCACUAAGUAUCAGUACUUACUACUAGCUACUGCCACUAAGAAUCAGUACUUACUACUAUCUACUAAUAGGGUAAAAUGAUUAAUAUGAAUGAUUGAAAUAUUAGAAUUAUGUUAACCCCUUUGUAUUUUGGCCCACUUCAAUUCCCAAUAUUAGUUCCAAUUCUACUAGUAUUUAGAAUUAUGUUAACCCUUGUAUUUCGUUUCCCUUUUCUAAGUCCCAUCUCUUUCACAAAAGAUUGGAAUUUGAAUAUUAGUAUAGGGGACUUUUAAUUGUACGGUCACGUGUAGAAACAUAUUAAUCUUGAAAAUGGGAAAGAUUUGAAGUUGGUUUUCCCAAUUUCCCCACUUUGCACUUA